UUGGAGUUGCAGUUGGAGCGGGCGCGGAGCCAGAUCGCUGCCGAGGGACAACAGGAUCAAAUGGAGGUCGACGCAGGUGAAGUACAGCUCCAACCUUCCAGUCUGCAGAUGCGCGCGAGGCUCGAGGAGAUUGACAGCUCGCUCAGGGCCGCUGCCAAUCUCAAGGACUCGAGCUUCGUGCAGGCGCGAGAGUCACUGGAGACAGAGAGAAGGAAGCUGCGCAGCGAGCUGGAGGCGGCCAAGCCCGCCCCCGCACAGCUGCGGUCGCUGGCGCUCCGAACGCAGAAGCUACAGCAGGAGCGGGCCAAGCAUGAGGACCUCCUGGCCAGUGCCAAAGUUGAGCUGGAGAAGGCCAAGGAGGCUAUCCGUGUGCAGGAGGAGCUGGCGGCAGAGACCGACAGGGCCAUCCUGCAGACCAACGAGGAGCAAGCACGCCUGGCGGCGUCCGCGCCCAGGCCUCCUGAGGCCAACGCGGCGGAUGAGACGGCGGAGGCGCUGGGCAUCAGCGUCGACAAGUUGGGCUCCUUCCUCCAAGGGCUCGGCGACGACGGCGCGCUCACCGCGAAGCUCGGGGUGGUGCUCCAAGAG